UCAAGCUACUGCUCAUUUGCAUGCUUUUCUCUAAAGCACUAUCAUUGAUUUGUCAUCACUGUCUGCCAUCAUCAUCGGGAAAAUGUAGGAAUCUGACAAACUGUACCUAUCAAUGUCUUACUGCAACCACUGCUGUGUACUUGAGUGGGAAUAAGCAUAUACAUCAUAUUCAGACAUGUGGAACACCAAAAACAUGUGUAAACAGAAGCCUAAACCUGGGAAUAAUAAAAGUGACAACAAAUGCAAAAUGUUGCCGCCAUUAUCUCUGCAACAGUCAACCACUCUCAGAUCUUCCUGCGCAGGCUUACAAUGGGGGAAUGUGCUAUAUCUGUGAUAAUAGCAACUGCUCAGAAACCGUCAACUGUACAGCACAUGAAGAUCGCUGCAUCAUUGCAAAAGGUAAACAAGGUAGCCAAACUGUGCCCAUGAAAGGAUGUGUGUCAAAGAGCUUCUGCAUUGCGACUGGUUUGGGCAUGCUAGAAAUUAAUGUAUCAAAAGUAAAAUGUUGUGAGGGAAAUCUGUGCAACAGUGUUAAAAUCAUUGGGAAUUUUUCAGGUAACAGUACUGAGAGUAACCUUAGUAAAGGUGCUACUGUAAGAGCUUUACACUAA